UUUACGCUUGUAAUCAAUUUCCGAAUAGUUCAGAUACUAGACCUUGAUUAAUCAACACAACUUAAAUACGUUGCCAAAUUCGAUCCUGCAUGCUUUCGAUAUCAAUCCACGUGAAGUAAUGGACGUGUGUAACGAAGAAUUGUAAUAGUUUUCUAUAGAUAAAUAAAUAUUUCUUUUUUAUUGUUGUUGGUGGGUUGCGGUACAAAAUGAAAUUGAAGGAGGUUGAAUCCAUUGGAAUGGAGGAGAAAGAACAAAUGAAGAAGGAGGCGGGAGACAGUGAUGCGUUGGAAAACGUGUUGUAUCACGUCGGUGGUAUGGGGCUGUACCAGAGGAUGCUGUUCCUCUCCAUGUUGCCAGUCGGUAUCUUCUUCGCCUUCAUUUACUUCGGACAGAUGUUUAUCACGGCUACACCGCAGCAGCACUGGUGCCAUGUGCCGGAGUUGGCGCACUUGGAUUUGGAGACCAGACGCAACCUAUCGGUGCCUCGGGUGGAGGAUGGGUGGGCACAGUGCGCGGUGUAUGCAGCCAACUGGAGCCACGUGCUGCACGACAUGCAGCCGCCGGAGCCCGGAACACCCACGGUGCCCUGCAAGAACGGCUGGGACUUUCAGCUGGGAGACAUUCCCUAUCACACUGUCGUCAGCGAGCGUGGCUGGGUGUGCGAGUACUCCGGCUACGCACCUCUAGCACAGACCAUAUACUUCGUGGGUUCUCUAGUGGGAGGUAUAUUCUUUGGCUGGAUGGCUGACCGUUUCGGCAGAGUGCCUGCUUUAGUUGGGACGCAUUUAGUAGCGUGCGUGGGCGGAUUGGGAACUAUCUAUACUACGGGCGUCUGGGACUUUAUCUUCUGCAGAUUUCUAGUUGGCAUGGCGUUCGAUAAUAACUUCAUGAUGUUAUACAUACUUGUGCUGGAGUACGUGGGCCCUCGUCACAGAACGUGGGUGGCGAGCAUGGCAACUGCCCUGUUCUUCGGCGGUGGCUGUCUCUUGUUGCCCUGGAUCGCAUACUUCAUAUCAGACUGGCGCAAGUUCUUAUGGGUUACCUCCUUGCCCAUGGCUCUCUGCGUGUUUGUGCCUUUCAUAAUUCCUGAGAGUGCAAGGUGGCUAGCGUCGCGCGGAAAAGUCAACCAAGCUGUUAAGAUCCUGAAAAGAAUUGAGAAAAUCAACGGAACAAAGAUCCCUCCAGACGUUAUGGAUGAAUUUAUUGUAUCCUCAAGUCAGACAAGACAGUCGCGGGAAUCUUUGAUUGAUCUAUUCCGAAGCGGUCCGCUGCGUAACAUGAUCAUCUUUAUGGUGGUAAUCUACAUGGCGUGUGCGAUGAUGUUCGAUGGCCUCGUGCGUAUGUCCGAAGGUCUGGGGCUCGAUUUCUUUAUCACCUUCACUCUCACAUCGGCCACUGAAAUACCGUCGGUGACUAUCGUCGCUAUAGUCCUAGACAGAUGGGGACGAAGGAAACUAACAAUCGUUCCCAUUGUCACUGCUGGCACAUUCACAUUAAUUGCUGCCUUUUUAUCCAAAGGUGUGCCGCAGGUGGCGCUGGCGAUCGCAUCUCGCUUCAUGAUCAACAUGUCGUACACGGCGAUCGUGCAGUGGAGCGCCGAACUGGUGCCUACGGGGGCGCGCGCCUCGGGCUCCGCCCUCAUACACGUCAGCGGGUACAUCGCCACAAUGAUGUCGCCCUUCAUUGUUUAUUCGGAACGAUUUUGGAGUUCACUCCCGUUGCUGAUCCUGGGCGGCACGGCGCUGUUAGCGAGCAGCUUCGCUUUCCUGCUGCCAGAGACCAUGGGCAGGCCGAUGCCUCAGACUAUCGACGAGGGCGAGAAGUUCGUCAGAUCGCACACUGUAUGCGGAAAAGCUGAGGAUGAAGAUGAAUUAAAAUAUGAAAAACAGAAGGCUUUGAUCACAUAGAAAUUUGUAAUAGCUAUCAAUGUGCUACGUACGUAGAUCAAGGCCGCAGAACUUCCAAGCAACAUUUAAACUGUUGAAAAAUGUUAUCGCUCGAAGCGACGUUUUCUGUUGCAAACUCGAUCAAUUUAGACUUUAAGAAAUUUACUUGUACUUAAAAUAACAUAACCAAGUAUUAAUAUGUGUUGUGGAAACACAAUUUUUCCAAAACGGCUUGUGAUAAAAAUAAAAUGCAUGUAAGCUUUAAUAGCAAUUAAAGCAAUCUAUGCUUGAAAUUAUGAAGGAUAACAAUAGUGUGUCUGUCUAAUCUAUUUAAAGAAAUAUUAAAAUAUUCGUCCGCAAGAGAUAUAUCAGAAUAGCAAUUAGAACACAUUAUUUUAGCUAUUAUAUUAAGAAAUACAAAUUUAUUCAAUUUUUUGAUUAAGCCUAACAUUAUAGUAAUAAUAUAUAUAACAAUGUUCAAAAUUAUGCUCUGUA